AUGGAUGCUCUACGAUCUGCCCUCCAGCCCGUCACGCAUAACCUGCCGGGUCCCAUCCGGGACCUGGGCGUCUCCAUUAUCGGCGAGACGUGCUACAAGGCGCUGAUCCUCGACAUUGACGAGACCAACACCGAGUGCAUCAAGCUGGCCGUCUCCAAGGGUCUGGGCAUUGGCAUUGUGGCCGCCUCGGCGGUCGUCAAGGUCCCGCAGAUCCUCAAGCUCGUCAACUCCAAGUCCGCUUCGGGCGUGUCCUUCCUGUCCUACCUGCUCGAGACGACGGCCAUGCUCAUCACCCUCUCGUACAGCGUGCGCAACGGCUUCCCCUUCAGCACCUUUGGAGAGACGGUCUUCAUGACGGCUCAGAACGUCAUCAUCACACUGCUGGUCCUCAAUUACAGCGGCAAGGCCAGCGGAGCGGCCGUGUUCGUGGCCGCCCUUGCGGCUGGUGCCUACUCGCUCUUCUCGGAGAACGUCGUCGACAUGCCCACCCUGGCAUACCUGCAGGCGGGUGCUGGCGUCCUCGGCGUCGCGAGCAAGAUUCCGCAGAUCCUAGCCAUCUGGCAGGAAGGAUCGACUGGCCAGUUGAGCGCCUUUGCUGUGUUCAACUACCUUAUUGGCUCGCUUUCGCGCAUCUUCACGACGCUCCAAGAGGUGGAUGACAAGCUGAUCCUGUACGGAUUCGUGGCCGGUUUCGCUCUCAACGUUGUCCUUGCCGCCCAGAUGGUGUACUACUGGAACGCCACCGCCCCUGCCGUCAAGAAGAUUCCCGCCAAGAAGCAGUGA